UUAGCCAGACUAACUUAUUUCGUGCGGGGUCAGUGAGCUUCACACGAGUUGUUUACAUUUUGCAAGACACAACGCGGUAAAAAUGCUUCGUUUAGCGGCUGUUACAAAAGCCAAACAUUUGAGCUACUUGAGUAAGGCAGUAUUGCCAGCAUGCAGUCAGGCACCAGCCAGGUACAUCAGUCGUGAGCCUCUGCAUGAAGAAUGGGCGGAGCUUGCCAAGAAACAACUGAAGGGGGCUGACCCCGAAGAAAAGCUGACCUGGAGAACGCCGGAGGGAAUCAACAUCAAACCACUGUACACAGAGCGAGACACGGCCAAACACGAUGAGGAACUCCCUGGCAAAUACCCAUACACAAGAGGCCCCUACCCCACCAUGUACACCCAGAGACCGUGGACAAUCCGGCAGUACGCAGGUUUCAGCACUGUUGAGAAAAGCAACCAGUUUUACAAGGAGAACAUUAAAGCUGGACAGCAGGGUCUCAGCGUGGCAUUUGACCUUGCAACACAUCGUGGGUAUGACUCGGAUAACCCCCGCGUCCACGGCGAUGUCGGCAUGGCAGGCGUUGCCAUAGAUACGAUUGAAGAUAUGAAGAAGCUGUUUGACGGCAUCCCAUUGGAUAAGAUGUCGGUUUCCAUGACGAUGAACGGAGCGGUGCUGCCUGUCAUGGCGAUGUUCAUCGCUGCCGCAGAGGAACAGGGGGUGAAGCAAGAGCAGCUGACGGGCACAAUUCAGAAUGACAUCCUGAAGGAAUUUAUGGUGCGAAACACUUACAUCUACCCUCCCGAACCGUCCAUGCGUAUCGUGGGUGAUAUCUUUGCGUACUCGUCUAAGUAUAUGCCCAGGUUCAACUCCAUCUCCAUCUCUGGCUACCAUCUGCAAGAGGCAGGCGCGGAUAACAUACUUGAGUUGGCAUUCACACUGGGCAACGGACUCCAGUACUGUAGAACAGGUUUGGCAGCAGGCAUGGACAUCGACCAGUUUGCUCCCCGUCUAUCCUUCUUCUGGGCGAUCGGAAUGAACUUCUACAUGGAGAUAGCUAAGAUGAGAGCAGCUCGACGUCUCUGGGCUCACAUGAUACGGGAUCACUUCAACCCCAAGAAGCCCAAGUCUGCGGUGCUGAGAUGCCACUCACAGACGUCAGGGUGGUCUCUCACUGAACAGGAUCCAUACAACAACGUGAUUCGUACCACGGUGGAAGCCAUGGCUGCAGUAUUUGGAGGUACCCAGUCUCUGCACACCAACUCCUUCGACGAGGCCCUGGGUCUGCCCACAGUCAAGAGCGCCAGGAUUGCGCGGAACACGCAGAUCAUCAUCCAAGAAGAGAGCGGCAUUCCUAACGUUGCUGAUCCGUGGGGCGGCUCAUUCUUGAUGGAGAGCCUGACAGAUGAGUUGUAUGAAGCGGCAAAGAAGAUUAUCGAUGAGAUUGAGGAGAUGGGUGGUAUGGCCAAGGCAGUUGCCGAGGGUUACCCCAAACUCAAGAUUGAGGAGUGCGCGGCCAAAAAACAGGCUAGGAUUGACUCCAGUCAAGAGGUGAUUGUCGGGGUCAAUAAAUACAAGUUGGCCGAAGAAGACCCAAUUGAGGUACUUACCAUCGACAACACCAGCGUGAGAGAGCAACAGAUCAACAAACUGAAAAACAUCAGAGAGACAAGGGAUGAGGCAGCUGCUAAGAAGGCAUUGGACGAUCUGACUAAAUGUGCGCAGAAUGGGACAGGGAACCUGCUGGAGUACAGUGUCACAGCAGCCCGGAUGCGGUGCAGCGUGGGUGAAAUCUCGGACGCCAUGGAGAAGGUCUUCACGCGUCACGUCGCCGUGGAUCGCAUGGUGAGCGGCGCCUACAAAUCAGAGUACGGGGAGGACAGGGAACUGGAUGCAUGCAUCAAAAGGAUCGAGGAGUUUCAAGACAAGGAAGGGCGCAGGCCUCGUAUCCUCGUCGCUAAGAUGGGACAGGACGGUCACGACAGAGGAGCUAAGGUGGUCGCUACUAGCUUCGCUGAUCUGGGCUUCGACGUGGAUAUUGGACCCCUCUUCCAGACUCCCGAGGAAGUCGCCCAGCAAGCCAUCGAUUCCGACGUCCAUGUUGUCGGUGUCAGCACCCUGGCAGCCGGACACAAGACACUGGUUCCUGAGCUGAUCAAAGCCCUCAGCAACAUGGGUAGAGGUGACAUCUGUGUGAUUGUUGGUGGAGUCAUUCCUCCACAAGACUACGACUUCCUCUUCCAGAAAGGAGUCAAGAGUAUCUUUGGCCCAGGGACGAGGAUUCCCGUAGCGGCCAUCAAAGUUAUCGAUGACGUCGCCGAGUCCCUCAACCACCGCAUGAGUGGCAGCAACUGAUCACAUGACGCGGCUUGGACAAUCCCAUUGGAUGACCUGCCAACUUUGCCAAGAUUUGCAUAUAUCUACAAGCAUUUAUUAACUGAGAUAAUUGCUUUAAGCUUAUCUACUGCAGGGUAAGGUGCAGGGGUUAUUUGUAUUUCAAACGCGUAACCUGGUGAUGGUACAUGUAUCAGUUUUUGCUCAGCUUUUGCCGAACGAUUUGAUGAAAGUGACCCCCC